ACUGCAUAGGUCCAAAAGCUGACCAGACACAAUCAGAUCGGCCAAAUGGCAGGUGCAUCGUCAGCUUUGAUACGCGUUUAUUUACAUGUUCGGCGUUGUGUUCGUUUUCUCUUUCACCUCCAUGCAGCCUAUAUACCCUAGUGAGGUCAUGUCCAAUGAUAUGCGGGCCAAGGGUAUGGGGACAUUCAAACUCACGGCUGGUGGCGCCGGCUUCAUUGGCACCUUUGCGGCACCAGUGGCUUUGGCAGAUGUACGUUGGCAGCAAUCCUUACCGGAUAAUAAAUAGGUUCUCCUUGUAUCAAAGACAACUGCUGAUCGGGACAAAUAAU